CAUUACAAGUUUUAAAAUGUAUUUAAUACUGUUAUUAUUAACAUGACUAAUAUCCUUAAGUGUCUCAUUUUCUUUAUAAGAUGCACUAAAUAUUCGGAUGUUGCUACUGAAAAAGAAAUCUCUAUUGCAGAACAAGAUGAUCUUCAAGCCAAAGAGAAAGAAAAGAAGCUCGGUCAUAGGCGAGUUGGAGUUGAUGGAGAAAUUACCUAUAAAAAAAUUCAAACUGGUCAAAUUAUGGGUUCCAUACAACUGGGAAUACAACAUGCAGUAGGAGGCUUGGCCUCUAAACCUGAACGUGAUUUACUUAUGCAAGAUUUUAUGACUGUUGAAACAACUGUAUUUCCAAGUGAUGGAACUAAUCACACUCCAGCUCACCAUUAUCCAGAGUUUAUUUUCAAAACAUAUGCUCCAAUUGCAUUCCGUUAUUUUAGAGAUUUAUUUGGUAUUCAGCCAGAUGAUUAUCUUAUAUCAUUUUGUAAUUCCCCCCUUCGUGAACUGUCAAAUCCGGGCGCCAGUGGGUCAAUAUUUUAUCUUACUCGGGAUGAUGAAUUCAUUAUGAAAACUGUACAACAUAAGGAAGGUGAAUUCUUACAAAAACUCCUUCCUGGAUACUACAUGAAUUUGAAUCAGAAUCCAAGAACUCUUUUGCCAAAAUUUUUCGGUCUCUAUUGUUAUCAAUGCAAUUCAAAAAACAUUAGAUUAGUAGCUAUGAACAAUUUAUUACCCUCUAAUAUAAAAAUGCAUCAAAAGUAUGAUCUGAAAGGUUCAACUUAUAAAAGAAAAGCUUCUAAGGAUGAAAGACAAAAAUCUUCACCUACAUUUAAAGAUUUAGAUUUCAAAGAACAUCAUCCAGAUGGUAUUUUUUUGGAGCCAGAUACUCAUUCAGCUCUUCUCAAGACUAUGCAAAGAGAUUGUAGAGUACUAGAAAGUUUUAAAAUUAUGGAUUACAGUCUUUUAGUGGGUGUUCAUAAUGUAGAUCUUGCUCAGAGAGAAAAAGAAGAAAGACGCGUGGCACGUUUACGUAAGGCUGUUGAAAAUGAUGCAGAUACUUUAUCGGAAACAUCUACUUUAAGUAGAACAGCUGAAGCAAAUCGACAGCGCUUAAUGGCUCAUUCAACUGCAAUGGAAAGUAUUCAAGCAGAUACUGGAACUUCAUCUGAUGAAGAUUGUGUUUCACCUAGAGGUGGCAUACCUGCUAGAAGUGGAAGUGGUGAUAGUUUGUUGUUAUUUGUUGGUAUCAUAGAUAUACUUCAAAGCUAUAGACUAAAAAAAAAACUAGAGCACACGUUCAAAGCUAUUAUACAUGAUGGUGAUACUGUUUCAGUACACAGACCUGAUUUUUAUGCAACUAGAUUUUUGGAUUUUAUGACCAAGUCUGUGUUUAAAAAACUUUUGUGUCCCCUGAAACGAUCGCCUUCUAAACGCCGUAGUAUGUCAAGAACGCGUACACGAGAUCAAACUGAUCCAGAGGGCACAUUUUCUACGUGUUCAACACCACCUCCAGCUUUUGAGGAUGCUAUUCGUCGUGAUUUCGUCUACGAUAAACGUUCUAGUAUGACUCGCAUACGUCGUCCUUCACCUGGUAUGCGUACAGAUGGUCCUUCAGGCUCUUCGCAUACAGGCGAGAGUAAGUCGUCUACAUUGAGUGUGGGAUCGGGCAGCACCACAUCUGGCAUCGGGGGUUCAGCAGGCAGACAUUCUGUGGAAGCCACAUGGACAGAAGGCACACCUAGCUACACGGAGUCAUCAAGCAGCGCUGACAUGGCUUCAGACACCAUACAAAUGGCAGUUCUGGGGGGUGACCUUAAAUCUUUAGAAAUGACUCGUUUAUAAGUUAUAGAAUGUUACUUAUAGUCUAAUCAGAACAGAUUUUAUUGGAUUUAAAGUUAAAACAUUUUAAUUAAUUAGGUUAAAUUGAAUUUGAGUAGUCAGCGUACCAAGAUUUGAUUAAAUAUUACUAGUAUAGUAUAUCUUUUAUAUGGUUUUUAUAGGAUUUAAACAACUUUUAACUCUCUUUGUAGGUUGCACUUUGAUAAAUGCUUUAUGAAAAUUAGAACAGUAUUAACUGCUCAUUUGGUGUAAGCCAUUUGAAAAUGUCUGUGCAGAUAUAAACAUCAUUAAUUUGAUGAAAAACUUGCCUAUUAUGAACAAAGAUCUGCUAAAAUUAUGAUGUUCCGUUUGGACUGUCAAAUCUGAUUUAUAAUUAUAUAUUUUUGUUUAAU